GAGAGGCUGUCAGGAAUGGUGGGAGUUGAAGUCCAAAACACCUGGAGGGCCCAAGUUUACCCAUGCCUGGUACAGUAUGUACAAUGGCAAAACAAAACGGUGUCCCUUGUAUGGCAUUUCCACCGUCCAAUAGCAGCGCAAAGGAAAGCACCUUUCCGAUUGGUUCAACAUGUAAACAAGGAGGCGGGCUUCCCGCUGGCUCAAACGCCUGGCGCCAAAGAGAGAGGCAGGAAGAGCGGCGUUGUCAUGGAGGCGCUCCUCUCGCAGGCCGAGCAGCUGCCGGGCCUUGUGGCGGCCUCUCGCUCGCCGGCGGUGCGGAGCUGGGACCCGGCGACGGUGAGUCGAGCGCUGGGCUGGGCCCGCGCCUUCCGUCACUUACACAGGCACCUCAGGGACGCCGGGCCGGGCCUUCGGGAGGCCGCGGAGCGAAGCCUGAGACGGCGAGGCCUGCAUGGAGGGCUGGGCCAGUUGGGGCGCAGCCCUUCGCUGCUCUCCUUCGCGCUGCUGGAGAAUCGAGCGCUUCCCUCGCCUGCCCGCGGGCGCCUCUUGCGCAUCCUCUUGCUCCCCUCCGGCGGGGGCGAGGAAGAGCUCCUCCUGCCCCUUUCGGCCCGGCGCAAGGCCGCCGCGCAGCUCCUUCCCGCAUGUGAAGGCCCAGCGGACAGGGCCCAGGCCCAGCUGCUGCUAUCUCGCUUGAGGGAGGAGGAGGAGGGAAGCGGCCUCGCCUUCCUGGACCGGCUUCCCUGCGGCCCCGCGCUGUACAAGGCCGUGGCUUCGGCCCUGCUUGAGCCCGGCGGGGAAAGCGAAGCUCAGGCCGUGCUGCUCCCUUGGCUGCUCCGGCGAGGAGGCGGGGCCCGCCUGGAGGCCUUCUGUCGCCUCUUGCCGGCCGCUCGCCUGGCCUCGCUUUGCGCCCGCCACCCGGGACUGCUAGGCCCCUACUUCGGUCUCUUGGCCGCUUGGGGAGGCCGCCUCGCCCACGACCCCCUCCUCGGGGAAUGGAGGAGCACCCACCCCGAAGUCACUUGGAGUGAAUUAAGGGAGCGCAUCCGCCUCCUCUCCCAGGAACCGGAGCCUCUCGCCAGCGCCAUUCGGGAGCACAUAAGGAAGCUGAAAGGCCAAGAUGGGGACUUCGAAGCGCCGGGGUUGAGCGUUUGGACUGAUCUCUUAAUAGAUUUGGAGAGGCCUGACGUGGAGAAGCCCGGAAGAGAUCACUCCCAAUUUGUUACGGAGACCUGGAGCGAAAGAGAUCUCUCAUCCCCCUGAGAGGACUUGGCCCCAUCAACACAGCUAUUGGGAUUGAAUGGAUUAUGAUCUAUGAUCACGACCCAAUGAGUUUAAGAGGAGUAUUCCUUGAGUUUAUUUGAUGUUUUAGGCAGGCAAAGAUUCAAACAGGCUUCCUUUAGAACAGUGGUUCUCCACCUGUGGGUCCCCAGAUGUUUUGGCCUUUAAUUCCCAGAAUUCCUAACAGCUGCUUAACUGGCUGGGAUUUCUGGGAAUUGUAGGCUAAAACACCUGGGGACCCACAGAUUGAGAACCACUUCUUUAGAAUAACAAUGUUUGUUUACUUAUAACUUCAUGUAUUUUUGAUACAGGCACAUUUCUUUGAUGGGAUAAACACUUUAGAGCAGUGAUUCUCAACCUGUGAAUCCCCAGGUGUUUUGGCCUACAACUCUCAGAAAUACCAGCCAGUUUACCAGCAGUUAGAAUUUCUGGGGGUUGAAGGCCAAAACAUCUGAGGAUCCACAGGUUGAGAACCACUGGUUUAGAGACUUUGUUUCUUUAAACUUACAUUCCUUAACAGUUUCUUCAUAAAUUAUGUUGCUUUGUGCAGUUCUGUUUUAUAAGAGUUUACUUUCAAAGAAAACACAAGCCUCAACACUUCUCUAGCUUGUAACAUUUGCUUCUGCACUCUUAACACUUCUGUACUCAAGCUGACUCAAGGUUCAACUGACUUCUGUCAUCCCUUUGAAAACUAAACAUUCUAAACCGGUGCUGAGUCAGUCACAUGGUUUGCGGCCCCUCCCACUGCUUUAGUACAAAGAGAAAAGGAAUCUGCCAAACCAAAUAAGACAAGCACUUCAGGAUAUAAAAGGACAUAAUACAAAACAGACAAACAUCAAAUUGUGGAGGCUUGAGAAGGUUGCUUUCUCCAGCAACUGCAUGACAUGACAGUGUAGCUGUGGCCUUGUGCCUCAUCCUUUAUUUCGAAUUACACACUUGUUAACUGCAAGAUUUCCUAGUAUAUGGCUCUAGGGUGCAUUUACACUGUGGAAUGAAUGCAGUUUGAUACCAUUUGAAGUACCACUGUUCAGUGCUAUGGAAACCUGGGAUUUGUAGUUCAGUGGGACACCAGCAUUCUUUGGUGGUGAAGACCAAAUACCUUGUAAAUGACAACUCCCAGGAUUCCAUAGAAUGGAGCCAGGGCAGAUAAAAUUGUCAAAUUCAUUCUACAGCAGGCAUGGGCAAACCUUGGCUGUCUAGGGGUUUUGGAUUUUAACUCUCACUAUUCCUAACAGCCUCAGGCCCCUUUCUUCUCCCCCUCAGCCUUAAGCGGCCAAGGGGGGAAAAGGAAAGGGCUUGAAGCUGUUAGGAAUUGUGGGAGUUGAAAUCCAAAACACUUGGAGGGCCAAAGUUUGCCCAUACCUGUUCUACAGUGUAGAUGCACCCUCAGUUUUCAUUCUUUAUUUUAAAUGGCAUAUUUCUUAACUGCAAGGUUUCCAGUAUAUUAUUCUGUUUAGCUAUCUGGUUAGAAGGAGUUUCUUUUUGAAAACAGAAGGAAUAUUCUUCAUUACAGUCCUCAAAACUAAGAAUAACAUUAUACAGAGAACUCUUCUAAACAGACAAGGAGUGGACAACUAGGAAGCCUCAAAAAUGUUUUUGAUUGUUAUUACCAUUAUCCUUAACUAGCAAUGCUUACUAGGAUUGAUGAGAGCUGCAGCAAAACUUCUGAAAUGCCACCAAUAUCCACCCCAGGAUACAUUGAGGUUAUAUUGAAGCCAUAUUAUUUACUCUCACAUCUCUUGCAAUGCUCCAUCAAUGGCUUAACAACCAUUUUUUUCUCCUGUGUAGUUGUUCCCUUCAGCUUGCUUAGCAAGUCUUUUGUUAUCUUUACUAUGUAACCCCUACCAAGAAGUGAUUAUAUACCACAAAAAUAAAAUCUUUCUGUUGACCCACCCUAUACAAUGGUGUAAUAAAAUAGUGUUCCUUCUAUACAAUAUAAACAAGUAUCAGAUAGAAUCUAUGUGAGAAGCUAUAGUAGAGUAUGCUUACACAUCAGCAUAGCGCUCAACAUGCAGCAAAGCCAAGGUUUGCAUUUCUUAAUUUUUAAAAACAAUUUCCAAGUUUAAUCAGUGGAUAUAGAGUGAUGGGAUCACUAUAAUUAACCAUGUGAAUUUCUACAUUUUUAUAUGUCAAGGUGUAGGCUAUAUUUCAGAAAAAUAAUAACAACACUUUAUAUUCCGCCCUUCUCCCCAAGAGGACUCGGAGCGAAUUACAGCAUAUACAGCAAAUAAAGACAAACAUUCAGUGCCUUGUUACAAUCACAUACAAUGAGACACACAAACACAGACAAAGGCUUCUUUCAUUUCUGGCUUCUGGAGGUGGUGCUCUUCUCCAUUUCCAAGGCGAGGAGCCUGUGUUGUCACCUGGUUGUAUGGCCGGCAUGACUAUUUGGAGCAUGUUUAUGCUUUUUCUCGCCAAAGCUGUACCUAUAUACCCACAUUUGCAUGUUUUCAAAGCGCUCAGUUGGCAAGAACUAGGGCUAACACCAGGAGCUCACCCCAUCUCACGGAUUCAAACUGCCAACUUCAGUAGGGCAACACAAGGGUUUACCCUAUUGCAGUACCCUAGAAAAAACCUAUGACAGGCCUGCACAACAUAUGGCCUGUGGGCUGGAUGUGGCCUGCAAAGGAGGAAGGAGUGGCCUACCGAUCUUCAAAAAAAUAUUGGCCCUUCACAAGGGCCAAGUUGUGUAGGCCUGCCCUAUGAAAUUCCCAUUGGUUGAUAAGGUGACUUAAAAGCAUAAACACAUAUACAUUAAUUUGGUAUAGACAUUGGUUGCUUUGGGGGCCCAAGAAACAAGGGACCCAGAAUGACGUGUACAGUGUUUUAUUUCAGAAAUUCUCACUCAAACUAACAUCUCCCACCCACCGCUGUCAGUUAUCACUUUAGUUAUUUAAAGCCUACUGCAUUAGCACCUUAAGCAGUAUGUGUAUAUAGUACAUAUUGGUGAGAGCUUCUGAGCUAUUGAGUAUUUUGAUCAAAGUGGAUACAAAUAAUCUAGAAUAUGGCAAGGCCUCCAGUUGUUUUUCCUCCCUCUGGUGUGCUAGUCAACCUGGAGGAUUAAGCCUACAUUUGUUUUUCUUUUUGCACAGUAAUUUAGGGAAAUAUAUACUGUAAUCGCAUUCUAUUCACUCAGGUUAUGAUCCAAUCUUUCAUUCAUUGCAAAUACAUUCAGUCUGUUGGAGAACAUGUCUUCUCUCCCUGCAAGUGGUAAUAGCAUGUGGUACCAACUAUCUUCUGCCCAUGUUCACCAUGGACUGCCAGUUUGCCUUUGCCGCAUAAUUAAUCCAGCCCUCACUAUUGACAGGCAGAACUCAUUAAUAACUUGUAAUCCUACAAACGUUCCUAUCACUUGCCUUUUGCAAUGGGUCCAUUCUGAUUCUGAACUGGCAUAUCAGAAUUAAAAUUACUUUAAUGGGUGGAAUUCACUUCCUCCUCUCACAAAUCUAGAGCUGUCUGUAUUCAGUUCAUUUAAUAUUUUACAGGUAUAUUUGUCUCUUUUCAUUGCUGAAACUAAAUUUGCUUUUUAAAAAACCCUAAAAAAAUUAUAGAGCAAGGGAAAGCAGGGUUAUGACAGUAUAUCAUUGUGGGACCAUGGAUUAGUAAAUGGGCACAAUUGUGCAAAUGAAGAGAGUUGUAAUUUUGAAGGUGCUCACCCCACAAUGUAUCUGCUUUGUGCGACUGCUAUGGAAUAGCAGCUUUGUGCAAUAAUUCCCCAUGUUUCUAAAUGGCUUUGAUGAAGGAACAGGAUGUGCUCAUUAAAUUUGCAAGCUAUGUAAAAAAAAGGAUAGCUAAUAUCUCAGGUGACAGGAUUUCCAAGAUGAUCUUUACAGUUUAGAAAAUGACGUAUUAAAAUGAAUUUCAUCUGGAAUAAAUGAUAAUUUAGGCAGGAAAAAUCAAAUGUAGGAUGGGUGACAUCUUGUUUAGCAGGAAUAUAUGUGAAAAGAUGUAAGCACCACAAAUCAAACAGCAAUGCGGUGAGACAAACCUACUUCAUAUUAAGACAACUGUGCUCCACCAGGUGUUUUGUGUUUACACCUCCCAACUGCAUAGCCAAUGAAGGAAUUGUGAACAUCACAUUCAAAGAGCAUUUGAAGAGCUGAAAUUGCUGGCUCAUGCUCAAGAUGCCCUAGUUAACAUAGCCAUUAGCCAAUAGUGAUGCAUGAUGGGAAAGUUACAAUCCAACAACACCUGAAGGCUUGCAUACUCUUGAUCUAAACAGCAGACCCGGACAAAUUUAUUUAUAAUCCCUCCCACUUCAGAAGAAUUAUAUAUAUAUAUUUACCUUAAACCUAUCCUGUUCAUUGGGAUUUAGAGUGGACUAAACUGGAUGUAGAAUUUCAUUCUCAAAAGCCUGACAAAUGUGCUAAGAUUUGCAGCCUUGAGACCUUCUUAAUCUUAGAUAAAUGUACACAGGCUUGCAGCUAGAUCUUUUUAUUUAUUAUGCCCUUCCAGAAGCUAUUUUUUUUAAAUCUAUCUAUCUAUCUAUCUAUCUAUCUAUCUAUCUAUCUAUCUAUCUAUCUAUCUAUCUAUCUGGGUUUCUUUUUGCAUUAGGAACAAACUAUUGCUUCUCAGGUUUUGUUUUGUUUUGACAAAGAUCAAUUUUAGCAUCUAUUCUAAUCAGUUUAAUAUCUGAUAUGAGGACUAUAUUGAAUGGAUUUUUGAAACUGCAUUAGGAUCAAACUGAAAAAAUAAUCAGAUUACUUCUUUCAGUUUAAAAAAGAACACCCUAAAAUGGGUUGUGUGCAAAAUACAUAUGUAGGCAUUUUAUAUGUUAGUAAAUUCAUUAAUUUUUUAUUAACGUAAAUGAUCUAGGUAGGAACAAUUGAUUUCUCUUAGGCUUUAAUUGGGCAUGAUCAAUUGUGAAUUGCAAGUGGAACAACAAGGUCAUUCAUCAGCUGCUUAACAGUUGUAAUGGGCUAUGCCUGGCCUUUCAGCUGAGAAAAGAUGGAGUGCCCCAAGGGAACGAGAUUUAAAUCAUUGUGCUGCUGACAAUUAAAUGUGCGUACUGCUGUCUGUAGCCUCAUUAUUCUUCAUACUGGGAUCAGCGCUGCAGAGUACAGAAGGGCUCUACAAUGUGUCAUGAGGGUUCAUAAUUCGGUUGUCUCUGCUCUCAGAGCUUGAAUCUCCCCAAUACUGAUUAUGUAACAAAACUCAAGGAGAAAUAAAAGGCACAUGUAUGAUGUGUAAAAUAUUAGGUGUUGAUAAGGAUAAAGAUGGAGGGUACAGCUGAUCUAGUAUUAUGGAACUGUCCAGUUUGAACUCUGGAGAACAUACAUAAAUAUUUUAGGCAGAACAACAGAAGUACUACAAAACAGAAGUAGAAACAGGAAAAGAUGUCUGGCAGGCAAUAUGUCUUCUUACUCCAGCAGUUUAUGCUCCUUUCUUUUCUCAUUCCCUUUAUUUUACCUAAUUUAUCUAUCUAUUUAAUAGUUUGCUUUUCUCUCAGCAUGGGAUCCAAGUUGAGGAACAGUGUUUUAAAAACACAAUAGAAUUUUAAAAACUUAGUAAAACAGCUAAAAAACUUUAAUUAAAAUAACCCCACAGGUUAAUAACACAAAACCAUCAUAAAAUAAAAAUGCUGCACAGAGGAAUCAAACUUCUCCCAUGGACUGCUGCAAUUGACCACAUAUCAUGCUUCACACACAACUUAGCAUGUGGUUUUAUGCACACUCUAAACCAAAGUCCCAAAAAUCUGCUAGGGGUGUGUGAAAAUAAAAUACAACACAAUCUAUAACAGCUGCCAUGCGGUCUAAAUAAAACCAGACAAAGAAAGACCGAGAAAGCAGAAAGGAAUGGGGGGCAAACAAGUUGCCAAUAAUUUAAAACAACCAGAACCAGAGGAGUAGAAAUAAUACAAGGAGAAGUUACAAGCAACAUUCCUGUGAGAUAAUGCAGAGAAUGGCUACACUAUUGUGCAUUGGGUGUGGGAAACACAGAAUCGGAUCAAUUAAAACUCCCUAUUUCCAAAUUUCAUUUUGAUGAAGCUAGAGUCCCUGGACAUGUUCCUAUGCUUCAUUGUAAUCAUUAUAGACAGGUGGGUCCAUAGAACAGGUAAGUACUUUUCAUGAGUGGUCAUCAAGGACAGGACACUCCUUGUAGUGUGUCCUGUCAAUUAGGUUUCUGUUAUCCAUGUUUGCUCAAUUUGCACUGAGAGCUUUUCAAAAUCCAUUGAUAACAAUGUUAUACUUGGCAAGAGAUUGUACUCCUCAGGAAUAUGAAUAACUUUGUAACUAUUUCUUUGCAGUAUUUAGUGACUAUAAAUCUCCCCCUCCUUUAGUCAGACAAGCUGGAUUGUAGCACCCAUCGUUUCCAUCCAGCAUGACAGGAUAUGAUGUGAUUGUGACCUUGGAUGAUGGCUGGAAGGCAGGUCUGGAGGGUAUCAGGUUGUGAGGAUGCCCUUCAGAUCUGCCGUAAAUUGUCCAUUUUGAAUUAUACUGCACAAAGUUAUGUUAGCUUUAAACCUGAUUUUUAAAUUCUAACAACUUAAUGCCAGAUUGCAGCAGCAUCUUUUUUACUUCAGUGCUACACAAAUUAAGGCUAUUGGACUCAAUGGGGCUACUUCUAAGCUGAUGUGCUGCAAUUUGGUCACUGGGUUUCAAGAAACUUGUGUUUUUCUUAUUUCUAUUGCAAAUAUUGGUCUGCUUUCCUUGUAGGAGGAGAAUCCAAUGAUAUUUUGUGCCCUCAAGCUAGAAAAAGUAUAAUUGACAGCUACCAUCUUGUUGUUAGGAUUAUGUAAUGGGUCUAUGUUUAGCGUUGGCCAAUUUGCUGGAUGUUCCUGAAGAAUCUUGAGAGUCAGCAGAGAUAUCUCAUCAUCAGGAUUUACUAUAACAACUAAAACAAGUGGGGAGCAUGCCACUUUUACUAAUUACAAGAGGAGGAACACACUGAGUCUUGUGCACCACACCAGCAAAUUGGUCCCAGUAGUAUCUGUUAUUUUACUCUGUCAUUAUAGCCUCUAGCAAAAUCACUAUUUUCAAGCAGGGUAUGGUAUCUGCAAGCCAUUAAGGAUGCUGUGCCUUUAUUUAAUAGGUUGGUUCCAUGAAUAGAAGAUCAUUUACUGCAAAAACUUUGGAACAGAAUUUUUAAAAGUGCAAUUACAUUUGCUUUAUGAGCCAGCUGUUGGGGGGAGGGGAGAAUGUUUAGAGUUUCUGUGGAUUCUUAAAAAACAUUAACCUUUCAGUUCAUCCUAUACUUCUUGCCCUUUCAACACCAAAAGAAAUUGAGUUUAGAUUUACAGUGUGCAAUCUAUUAAUAUAUGCACUGAGCGUAAUCUCCUAAUGCUUGCAUAUAUAUUUAGUUGUGUGAUGUUUUUUAAGGAUCUUGACUUUAAUGGUACUAAAGCAUAGCAUUAAACUCUUUGUUUAUGUCAGGUCUGACCAUCCACUGUAAUGCAAUUUAUAUUGAGUGCUUGGUUUGGUGAGGGUUUUUUUGCCCAGCUGCUCCCUUGUUAUUAUGUAUUGAAGUGAAAUGCCUAAGUCCUUUCCUUCAAAUAUUUUAAUUUAAUAUUUCAGUGAACCAUGUACCAUGGAAUAUGAGUAGUUUAUCUUACGGAUCACAUGUGCCAUGAAAAAGUUACAACUCUAUUCAUUCAUAUACAUUCUACAUUCCAAACGUACUGAAGCCUUAAACCAGGUUUGGGAAAUAACUCUGAAAGCCACAUUGUCUCCCACUAUGAGAACUGGGUUGGGGGCUGCAUGCUUGUGGUGAGUGAGAUCCAAGACUCAUUCUAUCAUUGACAGGUUGAAUGUCUGUUGUUAUAAGAGAUGUCCCCUAUUUUCUUUUAUAUAGACUGAACAAGAUGCUCCAAAUCCCCAUAUUUUGGAACAUGGACCCUUCACAAGAAGUGAAAUGUCUGCAUUAUAAUUAUUACAUUCUACACUGUGUUUAUGAAUACAUACAAUAUGUCAAAUUUACAGAGAAAUAUGUGGCUAAGUUAAUCAAGAUCAACAUUUUCAUUUGGUAUUUAGAUAGAACACAAACUUGUUAACAGUGAUUUCUUAAUACAGUAGAGUCUCACUUAUCCAACACUCGCUUAUCCAACGUUCUGGAUUAUCCAACGCAUUUUUGUAAUCAAUGUUUUCAAUACAUCGUGAUAUUUUGGUGCUAAAUUCAUAAAUACAGUAAUUACUACAUAGCAUUACUGCAUAUGGAACUACUUUUUCUAUCAAAUUUGUUGUAUAACAUGAUGUUUUGGUGCUUAAUUCAUAAAAUCAUAACCUAAUUUGAUGUUUAAUAGGCUUUUCCUUAAUCUCUCCUUAUUAUCCAACAUAUUCGCUUAUCCAACAUUCUGCCGGCCCGUUUACGUUGGAUAAGUGAGACUCUACUGUAAUCAAAUCUUCAGCUCAUACAUUUUGUCAAGAGUCAGACGCCAAUUAGCGAACAAAAAUAGAGUUUAUUCAGCAGAUAAGCCAAAAAGUAAUGUUAACACAGAAAAAACCUUGAAACACUUCACUAUCAGUGCUUCAAGAGCAGUCCAAACAAAAAUAUAAUACAGCAACACAAGCAGGUAAAAACAAAGCUAAACAAACUUAGUGCAAACUGCACUUUCUGAGUCCAAGCCCUGCCAGCUGGCUCUGUAGUUUUCAAAGGAACAGUUCGCAAAAGAAAACACCAAAUUGGUCAGGAAACAAACAAACAAACUAAGAAUGCAGUAGACUGCUUCCACAAUGUGGAUAAAGCCGAAGGCUCCAAAAGGAUGGUGAAAAGACGUCGUCCGGGAUUCCAAGGUCAGGUCAGGAGAUAACAGCGGUGUCCAAAGAGCAAGCCAGGAGUCAAAAGCCGAUAGUAGUCAUCAAUCACAGGGCGAAGGCAGUAGCAAGGUCAAAUUCCGAUCCAAGGUUUGAAGAGGGUGCAGUCAUCCAAAACAGGUCCACGAUAAGACACAGCGAGAGCCAAGCUAGGUGAUAACAGCAGAUUCAAAUCAUAGUCCAAGUCCAGUCUUCAUGGAAACACAGAGAUCCCAAUGGCGCCUCAGCAACACCUUGCCACACGCAAAGUGCAGUGGCCAAGCAUUCCCAUUUUAUUCCCCUUCCUCCUGGGUGACCAAACACUCACACCCAAACACCAGGUGUCCCAAAUCUACUCAGAGUCUGAGCUCCACACAGCUAGAGCUCGUGGAUCUGGAGUACCUAGCAAUUCGUCGGAGUCCCAAUCAUCCUGCCCACACUUAACCCCAUGAACACUUAAAGAACCAUCCUCCCUUCGCCAAGCAUCCCAAUUGGGAUCAGCUCCUGCAGAAACCCCAGGUUCAGAAGUAUGCAUAGACCCCAAAUCCCCAGACAUCUCCGGUGGCUGUGCCCAUUCAGUGCCCGCUUCCCCAGCCACCACCUGUUCUUCAGCAUCCAUCUCCCCAUCUGAAUCUUCCUCAGAAGAUCCCCCAUAUAGCUCUCUAAGUCGCUUCCUGCGCAACUCCUCCAGUGAACCCUCAUCACGAGGGUUUUUUCUUCCUCUUCGAAUUCCAUCCCCAUCAACCAUAAUCCCCAAAGGCACAGUCACAACACAUUUUGACUAUCUCUUUCUGCUAUUUUGAAAACCUGGCAACACUAUUGGAUGCUGUUGUUCAGGUUAUAAACCAUAUAGAUUUUGUGUCUAGGGCUAACUAUGUCCACCUGAAAGCUGACAGAAUAGAUAUUAGUUCCAACCUGUUGGGCAAUUCAAUAUUAUUUCAUAUUUUUCUUGAACUGGGUGUUCUCUGGAUGUGCUGAACAACAGCUCCAAAAUCCUCUAUCCAUAAUGUGAGAUUAGUCCAAUACCUCUGAAGGUUUGUUAACAUACCACAUUUCCUGCUGGUGGUCCUAUUAUGGAUAUAACUGAAUUGUGAGACCAAUCUCAUAUGUUCCCAUGUCUUACAGUCCAAAAGACUUCUUUCUGCUCUCCAAAGAAGCUCUCCCAUAAGGUUUGACAGAUUCCAUGCUUGCAAAUGAGUGGCAGUAUGUUUUACAAAACUGAAAAAAGAUUCCAAGUUCUGUUCAGUUUAAUGAGCCCAAAAAUGUAAUUCCUUACUAUAGGUGAUGCUAUAGCAAGCUAGAACUAUUCAGAGGACAAUUGUUAGAAAUCCUAAAGGCAUAUGUUUUGUUUAAUUUGUGGGAAUCAUGCACAGACCUACAAAUUUUACCUCAGCUUGGUUCCUAUUCUACAGUCUCAGCUUUGUUGAAAAGUAAUUAACUUGAGCAUCAUGGUAGCAGAAAUCGUAGCUUUCCGAGUACAAUGAAAUGUUGAAAUCUGAAAGAAUUAUGAGGCUCUGGGAGCUAAUGGCACAAUAUAGUGGUGAACUCAAAGCAUGACCUGCCCUGAAGGAAUACAGAAAAGUAAUAAUGUACAGGUCCCAUCUGUCAAAGAAGUAUAGCAAACAUUUCUCUUUACCCAAAGGCUGUAUUCAUCCUUCAAAUUUUGAAGGGAUUAGAAAUACCUGGUAUAAUUUAUCUAUAGCAUAGUUAUUUUGAGCCUAGAUGUUAUUUUCCCAGCUGGCUAAUUACACAUUAUGUUCAGAAUAAUUUCGUUGGAUUAAGCCGCUACUAUAAUAGGGAGAGGUAUUUUUAUUGAAAAACCUCCUAAUAGCUUGUUAAAAACCUAAAAAGUUUUAACCUGUAUUGUCAAGGGAAGACUGUGUUUCAAAGCCAAACCUCCAAUAAUAAAGCAUUGUAUUACAGAAAGUAAUGUGUGAUCAAUCAUGCCAAAAUAUUAGGAGGAGUCUUUGAAGUUUUCUUCUUUGAGUAUUAAUUCUAAAUUGGAGCCUCCAGUCCCUCAAUGGGUUAAAGCCUUGUGCUAGUAGGACUAAUGUCUUGAAGGUUGGGUUGCUGACCUGAAGGUUGCCGGUUCAAAUCCAACCCGGGGAGAGCGCAGAUGAGCUCCCUCUAUCAUCUCCAGCUCCAUGCAAGGACAUGAGAGAAGCCUCCCACAAGGAUGGUAAAACAUCAAAAACAUUCUGGCAUCCCCUAGGCAAUGUCCUUGUAGAUGGUAAAUUCUCUCACACCAGAAGCAACUUGGGAUAUAACUUUAUGUUAUAUCCCAGAAAGUUAAAUUAUACAUCCAUCUAUUAGAAGGAUGAUCUAGAGAACAAAAUGGACAAGUGGCUAUUGGCUACCAUCAUUACAUGUACAAUUCUAGACAUUUCUGCUUGGAAGUAAGGUCCAUGUGUAACUCCCACAUAAAUGUGUAUGGGUCAAAAUGGGAACUGUAAUAAGCAAACAUAUUUGGGAAUGAAAGUAAAAGGACUUGUUUUCAGCGGGAGGCGAGUAUCUCUUUUAGCAAUUCUAGCUGUGGCCCAAUUAAAUUGUAUUUUUGCCAUAUGUAACUUUGAGACUUUGCAUCAGCAGUGAGCAAAGUACAGCCCUGGGGCUACAUGUGCCCCCCCCCUCCUCUAAAGAUGGUUUUGUGCACCUCCACAAUCCCUUAUCCAGCCCUUUCUGGACAGAAAAAGAAGCUGAAUUGCUGCUCCCAGAAGCCUCCAGCAACAAUUUACUUUUUCAAAAAGAGCCAGCAUUGUCCAUAGACCCCUCCAAGGUCAUGUGGCCGGCAUGACUGCAUGGAGUGCCAUUAUCUUACCAACUGAGAAGUACCUAUUGAUCUAGUCACACUUGUAUAUUUUUGAACUGCUAGGUUGGCAGAAGCUGGUGCUAACAACGGGAGCUCAUCCCGCUCCCCGGAUUCCAACCGCUAACCUUUCGGUCAGCAAGUUCAGCACCUCGGCAGUUUAACCUACUGUGCCAUCAGGGGUUAAUACUAUUUAAUAUAACAAAUACUCAUUUCUUGAGAACUGUAAGGAAAAUUGUGGUCGAAUUGAUGUUUUAUUUUUGAUCAAUCCUGAUGCUGAUUAUUCUUGUUUUUUACCCGCCUCUUUAAAAAGACUCUUAGAAAGUAAAAAAAACAACAACAACAAUUGAAACAUUUUUAGGGGGGGCAGGUCUAUGAAAUCUACCAGUUUUUAAACACUGAUUUCACUUUUUUUGCAGGAGGGAGGGUGCUUGGAGGACUUGAAGAUGUCCUGGAGCUGCAUUAGUCUCUGAUCUUUUGCUCUUUUUGAAUCCCCAGUUUCAGAAGCCUUCAAGAAAGAUCCAUUAGUAAUACAAAACAAAACACAAACUGAACAGAGCAAAAUAACUCCAUUAAGCAAUUUCCCAAGCUUUGCUUAUUUAAAAUGGCAUUCACAGACAAGUUGAGAGCAAUGAAAGAUGGGCCUUGUAUUCCCAUCAACUCACCCCCACCCACCGUUUUGGGUCCCAAAUUUGUAUUUCAGAUUGUUAAUGCUUUAGGCUCAAGCUAUAGGGAAAGAGCAGCCAAUAUGGCCUGGGAGUGGGACUUUGUGGAAAAGUUGCUUAAGCAACAGGCAUACAAUGUAGCAUGGCAUGGUAAGUGUAACACAAGUUUCAUUUGCACAACACUGGUAGAUUUCAUUUAUUUGAGUUUGUCCUUGAUCAGAGAACUACUAGCUAUUCAGGGAAAUUGUUUUGUACCCACACACAUUGUUCUGAUUAUGUUCCAAGCAUAUUUCUUAAUAGACUAUCUAGAUUGGGUCUAGACAGAAAAAAGGGGUAUGGCUGAAAAUCUUUGCUAAAUUGCUUGAUUCUAUGAGAUAUUCAAGAAAAUGCUUUACCUGAAACAUAAUGGACCAUUCUGUUCCUGACUGCUUAGAGCUUUUCAACAGUAAUACAUUUUAGGCAAGAGAACAAAAGAAAACCCAUCUGUUCAAGGAUUUCUUCUCAUAAAGGGUUAUAUUUCUGAGAAUUUGAAUAAUACCAUUGUAACUGAAAAUCAUAAAGCUGUAUGAAGGUUGACUUUUAUUGCCUCGUUCAAAUAGCUUUUUGUAAUCUUGUGCUCCCUCCAGCAUUAUGCUUACAAGGUCCUCCUAGGUCAAAAAUGCAAUUUGAAACUCUUGUAUUGCAAAUUCUGAGGUAUUCUAUUUACACUUAGUUUGUGCAGUUGUGUACUUAAAAUGUAUGUACCUGCUCACUGUGCCUACAAGACAAAUUCCCCUACUUUUUGUAGAACACUUCUCUAGGUAAUGUGAUUUUUCAAAUCUUGCUUCACAAUCUGAGUUUUGGAGUUGGCACUAUGCUAUGUUGCACCACAUUAAACCAACAAGAUGAAUAAGAACACUAAUCUAAAGUAUCAACCACCUCUACAUGAGGAAGAGAUGGGAAAGUAAUCAUAUACAGUCGUCACUCCACACUUGCAGUUUUGACUUUUGUGAAUUUGAUUAUUUGGGAAAUUGAUUAAAAUGUUCUCACUUGAUAUCUCUAGGUCCUCCAGUUCAAUUUUAUGCUCAGCUUCCAGUGGAAAUCAACCACAAAUUCAUGCUGGAAGACAUAGAAAUCCCCAGAGAGGCAUUCUUUCAGAUAAAAAGCCUCAAUAUUUCCUUUAACUGGGAAUGUGGAGGAGUGACUACAACUAUAUUCAAGCUAUUGAAAAUGCAAAUCUUAUAUAGUUAACCCUCUGUAUCCAUAAAUUCUUUAUUUAUGGAUUCAGCCAUCCACAAUGUGAACAUAUGUAUUUUUAUGGAUUAUGAAAUCCAGAAACCAAACCACAUUUUUGACGUUUUAUAUAAGAGAUGCAGUUUUGCUAUUUCAUUUUAUACAACAGGACAUGAGCAUCCAUAGACUUUGGUAUCCACUGAGAAUCCUGGGACCAAAACCCAGUGGUUACCAAAGACUCACUGUAAGUACACUCAGUCCCUGGGAAAUGAUAAGACCCAGAUAAGAACUGCAGCAUUUAGGGAUUUUCUUGGUUCAAAAUUUGGAAUUUUAGUGCCAUGCUAAUAUGCAAACAGAAGCUCAGAUUCCACCUGAACUCUUUGUUCUUCCUCUGCUUCAUUCCAAAUCUAAAUUCAAAUUGUAAAAUUAAUUCCAGUCCCAUUGACUUGCUGCCUAAAAUCAACCGGAAGGCUUUGUAGUUGCUUAUUAUUUGAGCAGCACUUUUUUUGGGUAGGUGAUUGCCAGCUGUCAAGGAAUAUUAGUCUUCUUUUACCUGACCUUUCAUUGGUUGCUCACUCAAUGUGAUUGCAGCUGUUACAUAAAAUUCCAUUAUACAAAUAGCAAAACCAUCCCUACUCUCAAUUUACAAUCUCAUUUUAAGACUUAAUGCUAGAAAAAAGAAUAAGGGGAGGGAGAAGGCAAAAAUUAGGUUCAAAGUCUAUAACAAUCACAUAGUGGACAUGGUUGCAUAUUUUCAUACUAUAAAUAUUUGAGUGUUAACUAUGAUGAUAAAUAACUUGAUGACAAAUAAUAUGCAUGCAUCACUUUGCCACCUGGAUGUGUCUAAUGGAGUCAAUAGACAGCAAAUCCCACUUCAUUAGCUCUACAUAAACCAAUGACAAUUUUGGCUCUACUUUCCGCAGUGUUACCAUCAGCAGCCAUUCAAGCCAAGGUCUUAACUAGAAUUUUUUUUCAAUCUUGAGUAUCCCUCCUAAGAUGUGAUGUAAUGCAACUGUCAUCAUAUCUAGUUAUGUCGGGCUAAAAUGAGACGGUCUAUAGUCCCUAUAGUGUUGUUCCUAUAGUGGUCUUCUCCAAAGGAGGUUAAAUGUGAAGGAACACACAAUCCAUCUGAUUUAGGUAUCCCUUAUUUAGCUCCUCCUCCCCCAAACCGUUUCAAUUAGUAGUUGUGUCCUGAUAGCUGUGUUAGAGAAAUGGCAACAUCAAUUCCAAAACACAAGCUGUUCAGCAGUGGAAUAUGCUGCCCCAGUGUUUAGGUUUUUAAACAGAGGCUGGAUGGCCAUUGAUUUGGAAGGUUUUGUAUCGCAGUAUAGCAGCAGAUUGGACUGGAGGACCAUUGUGCUCUCCUCAGAUGUUAUGAUUUGAAUUCCUUCAUUGGCUAUUCCAAUUGAAUAAAUUAGCUGAGAGCAUGGGUGUAACUUGAAAAACUAUCUGUAGUUCCUUUAUUUCCUACUUUCCAUGUAUUUCCAUGUAAAUUGUAAAAUUGCAGACAUAGAAUAGCAAGAAUUUAAAGAUCUGUACAAGAGUUUUAAAAUAUUUUAGCUGUGUAAUGACAAAUAAUAUAAUAAUGUGGCAGCCCACCAUGCCACUAUGAGCUCCCAUCUACAUCAAAAGUAAAAAUGUCUGUCCCCAUACACAACCAAAUAGACAAUGUCACAGUAUCUACAGUGCUCACAGGAGGGUGCUUGCUAAAAGAUGAAAAUAGUUUGAAAACCAUACUUUUUGGUGUGGUGUCCUGUAUAUGGGAAGAACACAUAGCUCUUAAUGUAGGACAGCACAGAUUAUAAAAGUGGAAAAGGUACAAAAAACACAACUCAAAAUACCAAUCCUGUGUUCAGUAAUGAUUCAAGAACCAUUGACUGCUGGGUUUAAUGGAAGAAAGAAACAGCUGUAGGCAAUAGGCACCAAAUAGGGAACUGGUAUACUGGGAAAAAUGAAAUAGUUCAGACCUCACAUCAGGUGGUCUUGAGAUGCACUGGUAUGGAGGAUACUUCACAUAAUGUUAUUUAAAACAUGGAAAUAAUAAAAAGCCUCUUAGAAA